CCGCUUCUGAGCAGAAGAUGGCUGUGCCUCCCACGUAUGCUGAUCUUGGCAAAUCUGCCAGGGAUGUCUUCACCAAAGGCUAUGGAUUUGGCUUAAUAAAACUUGAUUUGAAAACAAAAUCUGAGAAUGGACUGGAAUUUACAAGCUCAGGUUCAGCCAACACCGAGACCACCAAAGUGACGGGCAGUCUGGAAACCAAGUACAGAUGGACCAAAUAUGGUCUAACGUUUACGGAGAAAUGGAACACUGACAACACACUAGGCACGGAGAUUACUGUGGAAGAUCAGCUGGCACAUGGCCUGAAGCUGACCUUCGAUUCAUCCUUCUCACCAAACACUGGGGAAAAAAAUGCUAAAAUCAAGACAGGGUACAAGUGGGAACAUAUCAACCUGGGUUGUGAUGUCGAUUUCGACAUUGCCAGGCCUUCCAUCCGGGGUGCUCUGGUGCUGGGUUAUGAGGGCUGGCUGGCUGGCUACCAGGUGAAUUUUGAGACCGCAAAGUCUCGAGUGACCCAGAGCAACUUUGCGGUUGGCUACAAGAUGGAUGAGUUCCAGCUUCACACUAAUGUAAGUGAUGGGACAGAGUUUGGCGGCUCCAUUUAUCAGAAAGUGAACAAGUUGGAGACCGCUGUUAAUCUGGCCUGGACAGCGGGAAACAGUAACACUCACUUCGGAAUAACAGCCAAGUACCAGAUCGACCCUGACGCCUGCCUCUUGGCUAAAGUGAAUAGCUCCAGCCUGAGAGGGUUAGGAUAUACUCAGACCCUAAAGCCAGGUAUCAAACUGACACUGUCAGCUCUGCUGGAUGGCAAGAAUGUCAACGCUGGUGGCCACAAGCUUGGUCUAGGACUGGAGUUUCAAGCAUAAAUGAAUACUGUACAGUCGUUUAAUUUUAAACUAUUUUGCAGCAUAGCUACCUUCAGAAUUUAGUGUACCUUUUAAUGUUGUAUGUCUGGGAUGCAAGUAUCGCUAAAUAUCAUGUUAGACUUCCAGGUUAAAGAUGAUUCAGCUUUAGGGUGUUACCCUUGCAGAGGCACAGAAGAAACCCAAUUUCAAAAAAGGUCCUUUCAGCUGCAGACUUGAGGGGGAGCUUGCUGGCCCCUCUAGAGAUGUCAGGUUUCUUUUUUACCUAGAAAUGGCUGCAAGUGGAAGUUGAUAAUUUGCAGGCAAUUCGUAAUUUGUAAAU